CCUCUGUUGGGGCAAGAGCAAAGACAACAGGGCAAAAGCCAGGGUGACGGCGGGAGGACAAAGAGGUAGUUUACUAGCUCAAGAGAAAUCCACUAUAUAAAGAGAAUCUUAACUGUUAUACAAGUCAAUCCUGACUUACUAUCUGGCCUAAAUAAAAACUAUUAGUACCUGAAAUAGAUAUAAUUUCAAACAUUUGCAAAAGCAAAAGAAUAGUAUCACCUCCUCCCCUCCUCUGCCACUACCACCUACCCGUCACCAGCUUCAAUCUCGAACCACUCUUGGCCCAUCUUGUUUCAUGCCCGCUCCUUGACUCCCUCCCUACUGCUACGAGAUUAUGUUGAAGCAGUUCCAAGACCUCCUCUACUACAGAUUCUUUCCUCUUACCCUGAUUCCACUCCCUGAAUCCCCAUCUCAACAUAGCUUGCUACUGAGUGGAGGAAAGAGACUUGGACCCAAGGGAAUAUAAAACAUAAGAGAGGACAAUAAGAGGCACAGGGUGUGUGGCUUAGGGAUCUGGAAAGGUCUCAUGGAGCAGGUAGCUUUAGAGCAGGGCUUUGGAGCACAGGAAUGAUCCUGAUGGGCAGGAAUGACAGGAGGGAAGGGCCCCGAAGGCCAAGGAUGACGGGUACGGAGGCACAUGGUGUGCAUGGGUGCCUUAGGUAGGAGUGGAGGCACAGUGCUCUGCGCUGACUGGGUAGAAAUGUUUUCCUGCUAAUCCAGUGAAGUGUGGUUAUGAGUGAUGGCAUAGUUGAAAUAAUGGUCUUGAAAGACAUUAUAGACUGAAGACAUGUUUGAUAGACAGAACCUUUAAAGAACAGGAAGGAAGGAAGGAAGGAAGGAAGGAAGGAAGGAAGAAAAAGAAAGAAAGAAAGAAAGAAAGAAAGAAAGAAAGAAAGAGAAAGAAAAGAAAGAAGAAAGAAAGAAAGAAAGAAAGAAAGAAAGAAAGAAAGAAAGAAAGAAAGAAAAAGAAAGAAAAGCCUCAGACAUUGGCUUCUGCAACCAGCUUGAAUACCUCUGCUUCUUCGUGGUGUAUGGUUUCUAGCACAAUGCCGGGCACCUAGCCAAACUCACAUGCUUGACUGAUUGUAACAACCCAGUUCUCCUUACUUGUGAGAAACCUGAAAUUUAUUAGAGAUUCACAAGCUAGUUUGAUGGCCUCCAAGACUGGGCCCCUUUAUGCUGAUUUCUAAAGAAGACAGGAGAGGUUUGUUUAUGGGAACUCUCUGAAAAAGAUACAGGUUUGGUCAAGGGUCAGAUUAGGUUACCAUUCUAGUUUGAUAUUGGCAUUAUUUAGAAAACCCUGAUUUGAUUUUUAAGGAUGUCAGCCACUCCUUGUUUCUCUCUUUCUUUCCAUCAUGGACAUUAGAGAAAGGAACAUAUUUUAAUACGACUUUGCUCAGAAAAGAGAGGAGGUCCUUUGUGAGUGGCUUUCCCCUCCCUCUUUGGUUUGCCUCUUCUCAUUCCCUGGCAAGGGAUUCUUGGAUGCUUUGUCACUGGGAAAAGAGCAGUUUGCCUGCUGGUGCUUCUCUCCAUGGACUUCCCGGAACUAACCUGGUGAUCCUCCUGGCAGAUUUGCUCUUUCGUCCAGAAAGCGACGAAGCGCUGGAUUGACUAUCAGCAAGUCCCAUACGCCUACAAGGGGAAUGUGUGGGUUGGCUAUGAUGAUGUCCUCAGCUUCAGUCACAAGAAUCAUUCUGAAGAAAGGCAAGUCCAUCCGCCAGGUGAUGGAAGAGCGGGGUGUACUACAGACUUUCCUGAAGAACCACCCAAAGGUUGAUCCAGCUGCCAAGUAUCUUUUCAAUAAUGAUGCUGUUGCUUAUGAGCCCUUCACCAACUACCUGAAUUCCUACUACUUUGGAGAGAUCAGCAUUGGGACACCACCACAAAAUUUCCUGGUCCUCUUUGACACGGGUUCAUCCAACCUGUGGGUGCCCUCCACCUACUGCAAGAGCCAGGCCUGUUCCAAUCACAACACGUUCAACCCCAGCAUGUCCUCCACCUACCAAAACAAUGGGCAAACCUAUACACUAUAUUAUGGAAGUGGCAGCCUGACUGUGCUCCUGGGAUAUGACACCGUGACUGUUCAGAACAUCGUCAUCCAUAACCAGGAGUUUGGUCUGAGUGAGAUUGAACCUAGCAACCCCUUCUACUAUGCAAACUUUGAUGGUAUCCUGGGAAUGGCCUACCCCAACCUGGCAGUGGGGAAUAGCCCAACAGUCAUGGAGAGCAUGAUGCAGCAGGGCCAGCUCACCAAGCCCAUCUUCAGCUUCUACUUCUCUCGCCAACCAACCUAUGAGUAUGGUGGAGAGCUCAUCCUGGGAGGAAUGAACAGCCAAUUUUAUUCUGGUGACAUCGUCUGGACUCCUGUCACCCGGGAAAUGUACUGGCAGGUUGCCAUCGAUGAGUUUCUCGUUGGGAACCAGCCCACCGGCUUGUGCUCCCAGGGCUGCCAGGCCAUUGUGGACACAGGGACCUACGUGCUGGCUGUGCCCCAGCAGUACAUGAACUCCUUCCUGCAGGCCACAGGAGCCGAGGUGUCUCAGUACGGUGAUUUUGUGGUCAACUGCAACUCCAUACAGAGCAUGCCCACCAUCACCUUCGUCAUCAGCGGGUCUCCUUUACCUCUGCCUCCCUCUGCCUAUGUCCUCAACAACAAUGGCUACUGCACCCUUGGGAUUGAGGCCACCUACCUGCCCUCCCCCAGUGGGCAGCCCCUGUGGACUCUGGGAGAUGUCUUCCUCAAGGAAUAUUACACUAUCUAUGACAUGGGCAACAAUAGAAUGGGCUUUGCCCUCUCUGUCUAGACAGGUGAGAGGCAGCUGUCUCCACCCUCACUGCAGGACUCUGGGAUUACCCUACAGUUUCUCUGGGCUGACCACAGCAUUUUAGACUAAUCUGACCCUUCUGUGCACUAGAGUCUUACUUCCUGCAACUAAUAAAUCAAGAAUCUCCAAAUGUC